AACCCUUCUUCACACACCAAGUAGAAUUUGCAUAAACAAAACACUAUUUCCCUUGUUAGCAAAUACUCAUCUUAAAACUAGCUCAUUCAAAAAUGGUGAAGGUAGCAUUGUUGGUAGUAAUGUGCAUUGCAGCAGCAACGUCUGUAAUGCUAACUCCUCAUGCAGAUGCUGCCAUCUCAUGUGGGCAAGUUGUUACGAGGUUGUCACCUUGCAUCAACUACGUGAGGCAAGGUGGAGCUCUUCCAGCACCAUGCUGCAGUGGGAUUAAGGCCCUCAACAACCAAGCUACCACCACUCCUGAUCGCCAGGCGGCGUGUAACUGUAUUAAAUCUGCUGCUGCAAGCAUCAGUGGCAUCAACUUCAAUCUUGCUGGUAGUCUCCCUAGCAAAUGUGGUGUCAACCUUCCCUACAAGAUUAGCCCUUCCAUUGACUGCUCCACGGUGCAGUAAGAUUUGUGAGUGACCUUAUUAAGGGUAGCAGGAUGAAGGAUAUGGGACAUACGAGAUGGAAUAAAUAUGAUGCGUUCUUGGAGAAGAUGGAUGAAGCUUUUGUUGCAUCUUCUAAUGUUUCGAUCAUUUCUAGUUUAGUAGUACUCAUGUAUGUUCACUAUCUUUCUCUUCAAAAGAUUGUACCCUUUCAAUUUAUUGAAUACUAUGAUAUCCUGCUACUUGUAGUAA